AUGUCACUGGCAGAGAAUUGGAAUUCCAGAGCUACGGGUUCAAUAUUACGGACGUACAGCGCAAGCCCAGGUGGUCAAUUUUCUAUAUCCGCGAAGCCCUAUUUGGUGAUGCAAAAAAAGCCAUUUGUUCCUCUCAAUGGGACUCUACUAUUUGAUAGUUCAUCAGAAUCAGAUGAAGAAGACGAAAAAAUAGUUAAAACUCAAGUAGAAGAGAGUGAUGAAGAAGAAUCAGUUAUUGUUCUAUCAGAAGAGUUAGAAAACAAGAAAGAAGAUUAUAAUGUACCAACUUAUGAUUAUUCUGGGGAAACAGUCCUUUCCUCGCCCUUGGUAGGGGAGGGUACUGGAAGCAUUGCAGUGAUAGGUGAUGACAUCGACACAGCCGGAGUAACUUCAAUAGAUGGGGUGGUACCAAUAGGUGGAGAUAUUGGCUUCAAUGGACCACUUCGUGCAUCUGGAAGCGUCACUAUCAUUGCGAGAUCUGGACCACAUCGACUGACCUUCCCAUCGUAUUUUCCAAUGACUUUCUUUAAAGUAAUGCCAUUGGCUGGUCUGCCACGAGCUGAAGAAUCUUCCUUUAGUUCCUCUCUGCCGGAUCCUGUAUCUGCAGGUACAGGAAGUCUGUCUGUUUCUGGUGAAAUGCCAGUCAACGGAGUGACUGAUCUCGCUGGAACAGUGCCUAUUGUGGGUGACGUGUCAUUUGGAGGACAAGUUUUUGCGAAGGGUACAGUGACAAUUUGCGGAUCGAUGUGA